AUGUUUGAGUUCAUGGUUGAGCGGUCAGACAAGAAAGAAUAUGUUGUGAAGUGUUCACAGGAAGGAUGUAGUUGGAUAUGCAGAUCAUCGAAAUGGGACAAAACGGAUCUAUUUAAGAUUCGAAAGAUUGGUAGUCACACAUGUGCAUCAAAUGUAGUGUCGGGGUCACAUAGACAAGUCACAACUGCAGUUGUUUCAUCUAGAAUCAAGUAUAAGUACACAUCGUCCAGCACCAUAUACACACCAAAGGAUAUAUGCAGUGAAAUGUUGUAUACUUUUGGAGUUUAUUUGAACUACACGAAAGCUUGGGGAUGCCGUGAACAAACCUUGAAGAUGAUUAGGGGUGAUCCAACCGAAUCAUUCAGUAGGAUACCAAGUUUCUUCUACAUGCUCCAACAAAAGAAUCCAGGUACGGUCACAUAUCUAGAGAUUGAUAGUCACAACAGGUUCAAGUAUUGUUUUAUGGCACUCGGUGCUUCAAUACGUGGGUGGCCACAUUGUAGGCCUGUAAUUGUAGUCGACGGUACAUACUUAAAUGGUCAUUACGGGGGCACACUCUUCAUAGCAUGUACACAGGACGCAAACAAUAGCAUAUUUGUUCUUGCUUUUGGUGUUGGGGAUAAUGAGAACGAUAAAUCUUAG